AUGGCGCGGAACGUGCUGUACCCCCUGUACCAGGUGGGCGGCCCGCAGCUCCGCGUCUUCCGCACCAACUUCUUCGUCCAGCUGGUGCGGCCCGGCACGGCCCAGCCCGAGGACACCGUGCAGUUCCGGAUCCCUAUGGAGAUGACCAGGGUGGACAUGAAGAACUACCUGGAGCGCAUCUACAGCGUGCCCGUAGCUGCUGUGCGGACCAGGGUGCAGCAUGGUUCCAACAGGAAGCGGGACCACAGGAACGUCAGGGUGAAGAAGCCAGACUACAAGGUGGCCUACGUGCAGCUGGCCCACGGACAGACCUUCACGUUCCCGGACCUCUUCCCUGAGAAGAAGCCGAGCCCCGAGGACGGCUCCGCGGAGGACAGCCUCGAGGCGCUGAUGGAGGAGCAGCGGCAGCGCCAGCACCAGGACCCCCGGCGGGGCGGCGUGCCCCAGUGGUUCGGCCUGUGA